AUGUCUAGUAGUCGAUUCGGAUCUGGUGCUGGAGGCUCACGGCGCAGCGGCUCACCUCCAACACAAAGGCAUACUCCUAUGACUAGGGAGGGCGCAGCUGAGACCGCACCUGGACGUGGCGCAGCUGUGAAAGACCCAGUCAGUGGAAAUCAAGCACCUGUAUUAUCUAUUCCUUCAGAUUCUAGGGGUGCUUCAGCCGGAACGGCUGCUACAACUCAUUCACAUCCUUCCUCAGCUACGAAGAUAGACCAACCUACUGCAGAUCAGCUUCUGAUCGAUGCAGCAGUCAAUGACAGAGCCUCCGCAGAAGAUAGAAAGUUGUACGCAUACAAAUUCACACAAGAUACGCUAUUUCGAGCCCAGGUCCUUGAGGCGUACAGGAGAUAUCGCUCAGCAAAGGCAGCAGCCGAAAGAAGGAAGGCAGACCUGUUGGCAGGAAUAAUACUUGUUUUCGCACCAGAGCUAGCGAGUUUGUUUGUUUACGAGCCUCACCAAAAUCCAUCAGCAGAUGAACUCGUUUUGCGUUUGCGGGCAACGAGCCUCGCACAUCAAGUAGCCGGGGAAGCUCUCACUGAGUUAGAGAAUAUAGGAUACUCCCACAGCAGUACAGCCCAACCGGCUCGGAGUGCUCCGCCUGCGAAUAUCUCCCCUCGGGCUACCCUAGCAUCUCCAGUAACACCUCUUGGAAGCACUCCCCGGGCUCCAAGACCAUCUGCAAGACGUGAGGCUAAGGGUCCAAGAAGAACUACCGGCGACUCCUGA